GUCUCUUGAUCGAUCAGUUGCUGACUUUGCGCGGCAGCGAACGGUAUUGCGUUUUCGAUAGUGGUUCCGGCUACCCACUACCCGUUACUGCAAGCGGCGAUUGCCAUUGCCAUUUCGACUGCUACUGCCACUGCGCAUGCGCGCCGGACUCUAGUUAGCGCCUAGUGUUUUUUUUUGGUUUCGGCCAGGAAGCGCCAACGCUGGGAGCGGCUCAGUCCCGACCAGACUGUGAUGCCUUUGGGUCUGGCAGAGGAGAACCAGUUGCCUCUCUAGUGCCCACCUCAGCCUAGUGCCUGCAGGAUGCCCUACAAUCUGUGGCUGCGCCGGCGGCUGCAGCUGCUCGCCUCGAUGCUGCUCUGCGCCCUGCUCGGCUAUCUCACAUCCUCGUCGGCGAAGCCCACGCUCUCGUUCAGCCUGCCACAGGGCCUGCAGGGCUUUCCCUCCUUUCAAUCGUUCACCCAGCAGAUACUCGAGCAGCGCAGUGUGCGGCAAAUGAAGACCUACAGCGGCAAGCGGCUGAGCAACGACUCACUCAUUAUGAUAUAUUAUCACGAUCUGACCAUAGCCGUAACGGAGCUGGGGCCACAGAAGCUGCUGCUGGGCUGCGAACUGAUCGAAAUCUACAACGACAAGGAGGGCAAGAUGCUGCUGGAUGGACUCUCGCACUACAAUCGCCCGCUGGAGAUCAAGUUCGAGGAGAUGCUCAAGCUGAUGGAUCAAUGUGAGCACGUGGACAAGCUCAGCUACGCCUCGCGGCACAAGCUCAGAGCGGGGAGUGGCGCAGAGCGGAGCAGCAGCGGCGGCGGCGGCGGCACCAGCGUUGCGGAUAAGCCCGCAGCCAGUGGCACGGAUGGCCUCAAGCUGGCCACCAACAUCUUUCCGCGCAGUCCCUUCUCCCUGCUCAGCGGCAUUAUUCCAGGCACCAAGUGGUGCGGCACCGGGGACAUUGCGGAGACGUACAGCGAUCUGGGCAGCGAGAUGGACAUGGAUCGCUGCUGCCGCCAGCACGAUCUCUGCCCGGUGAAGAUCCGAGCCUACCAGCCCAAGUACGACCUCAUGAAUGACUCCAUCUACACCAAGUCCCACUGCAUCUGCGAUGACAUGCUGUUCAGCUGCCUGAAGAAGACAAACACCUCGGCCAGCCAGCUGAUGGGCUCCAUUUACUUCAAUCUGGUGCAGGUGCCCUGCCUGGAUGGGCGCAGCGAUCAGUACAAGUUCCGCAAGGCCAAGGAGGGCUUCUAGAGCUGCGGCACACAUAAGUACAUCCAUAAGUGGGGGAAGGUUUUAAGGUUCGGGGGGUUUCACUGUACAGGAGGACACAUGGGGCUGGAAUAUUUAUUCGGUUGCUGCUGGG